AUGUGGAGUAUGGAAGAUCCAUUACAAGAUUUUGGCUUUUCUGUUGACCAGUGUUCUAAACAUUUAAAGUCAAAUCUCAACAUUAGAUUUGGAAUCAUUCUGAGAGAAGACAUCAAAGAGCUGUUUCUUGACAUAGCUCUCUUCACUAAAGGAUCACCCAUUUUGAAUUUCUCCUAUCCCAUCUGUGAAGAGGAUCUACCCAAGUUUUCUUUCUGCGGAAGAAGGAAAGGGGAGCAGAUUUAUUAUGCCGGCCCCAUCAAUAAUCCUGGAUUUGAAAUUCUCCAGGGAGAAUACCAGAUUUUGCUGGAACUGUAUAAUGAACACCGUUCCACCGUGGCUUGUGCCAAUGCCACUGUUGUUUGCUCCUGAGCAGCUGAAACUUGGAGCACACUGUGUCUGCUGGGAACCACAAGCUGCUCAAGCUGGACCUGCUCUGUAAGCAAAACCAGCCGACGAUGGAGAGGCUCAGCAGAGGGGCAGGCGCAGGUUUUAGCCCCAGGACCGGACGUCCUCAGACUCCACGCAUGUAUGUGCUCCUGAGUCACCUCCUGGUAGUCUCGACGCCAUCCUGUGGGCCCGUCCUCCUCCGCAUGGCCAGACUCACCUGCAGAAACAGCUCCGCAGGAGCACUUCCCCUGUUACCCAGAAUAAAGAAAGCUGGCCCACUGUUGUUCCUC